CUGACGGGCGAAUUACUUCCUUAACAACGUGGUCGACACGGCGAAGCGUGGUGAAGCAGUCGACGGUCGGUUGGUCUCUUUUCUGCUGUCCGAUCCGACCUGCGAUGGUGGUCAGUGGGAUAUGCUCGUUAAUCUGAUCAACAAGCACGGGUCAAUGCCGAAGAAGUGCUUCCCGGAGUCGUAUGAACUCGGUCAUUAAGAGCAAGCUUCGCGAAUACGCCAAGGAUCUGUGUCAGCUGGUGGCAGACGGUGCGACUGAUGAGGAGAUCACGGAGAAGAUCCGGAAGCAGAUGAACGAGAUCUACAAUGUUGUUGGCAUUUGUCUCGGUAUACCGCCGGAAAAGUUCACGUGGGAGUGCUACGACAAGUCGAAGAAGUAUCUAACGAUCGGACCGAUCCGAUCGAUCGAUGUUUACGUCAAUCGACGACGAUCCUCGCAGCUCGAACCUAUACGGACGGUCGUUCACCGUCGAGACAAGCGAUACACUGGCCAGUAGGAAGGCGAAGGUGAUAGCGAUCGUCCAGCGAUGGAUCCAACACAUUUUCCUGUCCCGAAAGAUCCACUCCUGCUCCUGGCUUGCACAGAUUGGCAAACAAACCCGCUGCUGGCUGCUGUCACCAGCAAAAAAGCGAUCGCCUGGGUGAUUUCCUUAGGCGAUAAUGAACUCGAAAAUGAAAAAAAGAAAUUUGACGCCUGAGCCGUGAUGGUAGAACGAAGUUUGCGGACUAAUAUAUUUAACUAAUAUAUUUUAUCAACUAAUAUAUUUUAAAUCAUCACGAAAUACCCCAGAACAAAGUACUGAGAAAACAUUCACAAUGCUCAACACGCAGCACCCCCUGCCGAGUGAUAUCAAAUCUUAUCGGAAGGGACUCAACGCAUUUUCAGACCAACAGCAGCUUUCGGCAAUCUCCUGGCGAAUUAAUCGAGGCCACUGGCGCUAGAUUGAUUACGUACGCAGGCACAGGAUGAUUGGAAGGAACUGGUCGUUCGCCAGAAACAAACAUUGCAAUGGAACUCGGCAACAGGUGGGCAACCCACACCAAAAACUGCCCAACCUGUGCGACUUGUUGUUAUCAGCCACCGAUAAGUGAAUGCGAGGGCGCUACCGGUAUAAAACCGGUGACCAUGUUCCGGCCGCCAGCUUACUCGGGUGCCAAGUGCGGUGUCAAAAGGAUGCUUAAGCUUGUGGUAAUUCUUUCGCUCGCGGCCAUCGCGGCCCAGGGACAGGAUGCGUCCCGGCCUAUUAUCAACACCACUGGUGGUCAAAUCCAAGGUGUCACGUCAAGCUGCGGGUUGUUCUGCAGCUACUUCGCCUUCAACGGUAUCCCGUACGCCCAGCCACCGGUAGGCGACCUUCGGUUCCGCAAUCCACGGCCGCAUCAGGGAUGGCAAGGCAUUAAGGAUGGCAGUGAGCACCGGGAGACCUGUCCUUCGGGAGGAUUCCUCGGUGGUGUCUCCGGUAGCGAGGACUGCCUGUAUCUAAACGUCUAUACCCAAAAUGUUAUCGGAUCGAGGCCAGUGAUGGUAUGGAUUCAUGGCGGGUCGUUUACAGGAGGUUCUGGAAAUUCCUGGAUCUACGGUCCCGACAAUCUAAUGCCGGAGGAUGUGGUGGUCGUUACGAUCAACUACCGUCUCGGUAUUCUCGGGUUCUUUAGCACGGACGAUACGCACGCCGCCGGUAACUGGGGCAUGAAGGAUUGUGUGAUGGCGCUACAGUGGGUACGCAAUAACAUCGCGAACUUCGGAGGCGAUCCAAAUAAUGUGACGAUUUUUGGAGAAAGUGCGGGCGGAGUAGCCGUUCACUAUUUAGUGCUCUCGAACAAGGCGUCCGGUCUGUUCCACAAGGCGAUCGCUCAAUCUGGAACCGCGCUCGUACCGUGGGGUUUCCAGUAUCGGCCCCGCGAACUCGCCUACCAGCUAGCGGAUAAGCUCGGUUACUCGCACGACAGUGCGCAGCUGGUGCAGAGUCUGCGUAACACACCGAUCGAGCGGCUGCUGGAGGUGCAGGGAGGCUGGCUGGACAUUGACAUCCCCCGUGGUUUUAAGCCGUUCGAGUUUGUGCCGAACGCGGAACCUGUGAACUCACCUGAGGAGACUUUUCUCACUCAGCUCCCAAUAGAUAUACUCAACGCCGGAACGUUCAAUCAUGUUCCCUUCAUAGCCGGGUAUAUGAGCAUGGAGUCGAUGUUCAUGGUGUACGAGCAUACGAUCGACAAUACUGUGUGGGACGAGUUCACUAGACAUCCUGAAUAUUUUGUUCCCCACUUCUGGAAUAUUCCAACCGGUACAGCCGCUUCGUCCGCUGUCAGUCAAACCAUACGCCAGACCUACUGGCAGGAUCGUCCGCUCGGACCAGAUAUUAUGCAGCAGUGGAUGACCUUCCACACCGAUCAGCAGUUCAUCUAUGCGAUCGACAAAACGGUGCGCUUACACGCACAGCGCUCGCAGGCUCCGACCUACUACUACCAGUUCAGCUUCGACGGUGAUCUUAACCUUGUCAAGCGGUUGCUGCUGUUGGGCAGCUGGCCGGGUGCGAUGCAUGCCGAUGACAUUCCCUACCUGUGGUCCGUGACCGAUCUCACCAUUUCACCGAUCCUGCCGACGAAUCAUGCCCGCACGGUCAGCAACCGGUUCGUGCGUCUCUUCACUAACUUUGCCCGCUUCGGUAACCCCACACCGAACGCGGUCGAUACACUGCUGCAGAGCCGACAGUGGCAACCGGUCGGUGCGACGGUACACUACAUGGAAAUCGGACACGAUCUCGUCACCGGCAUUAACCCCAAUGGACAGCGCACCUCAGUGUGGCACGAUCUCGAGGCUCGGUACGCCAAUGAUCCUUUCCGUUUCCCACGUCCCUAACUUAUCCACGAUAAGUACGAUAAAUAGACUGCAAGAAUAGACUCAAUUCUACAACUUUCUCGAAACAAUUUCAUUUCAACGAAACAAAUCAAGUCGGAGAAAGAAUUGAAAGUUAUCUUGCCAAAUGACGCAUUUCAAAAUGGGCCCAAAUGCGAGAGUGGCGCGACGCAUAAGCUCGCCUGAGCCUUAAUCUCUUAAUCCAUCACACUAAUAGAGCUAUCGUAAAAGAUUAUUAAACGACGUACGUCAUUACAAUAAUCUCAACUUAUGCGCAUGCAGCUAUCGAUAACCGAGUGAUAAGAAACAAUCCGUAAAUACCACACGCAACGAUUGCUACCUGAAGAGGCCAAACCUGUGGAGAGGAGGUCUGGACCUAAUCAUGUGCGAACUUUCCAGUCCGCCAGCCGCUAUGGCCUGAGUGGUCGAUGGCGUCUUUCUUUUGUAGCAGGCUGUCACCA